AUACCAGGGAGGCAGUGCAUGGCUUCCUGUUUUUUCCUGCUUAAGCAAUUUGAUGAUGUCUUGAUUUACCUCAACUCAUUUAAGAGUUACUUCUAUAAUGAUGACAUCUUUAACUUUAAUUAUGCCCAAGCCAAAGCUGCAACAGGCAAUACCAGUGAAGGUGAAGAGGUGUUCCUCUUGAUCCAAAGUGAGAAGAUAAAAAAUGAUUACAUUUACCUCAGUUGGUUAGCUCGGUGCUAUAUCAUGAAUAAGAAACCAAGACUAGCAUGGGAACUUUAUCUCAAGAUGGAAACCUCUGGCGAGUCCUUUAGUCUCUUACAGCUCAUUGCUAAUGACUGCUACAAG